AUGAUGCUGAGUUUGGGAAUUAUCACGUUUUGUUUACUUGCCGAAGGUGUUUGCGAAUUGAAAUAUACGCGUGAAACAAUGCCAGGAGCGGAGUAUUAUGAUGGCAAAAAGCUGAAUGUCCCUGUGAGCCACAAAACGGGUAAGGCAAUUGUUGAAAGAUGGGCUAGGCAAAGUAUCAGCACUAUUCUUUCGUCGAUUGCAAAUGAACGGUUAGUAUUUAUUUCACAAAGUGAGCAUUUGAAUGAAUUUCAUCGCAAUCAAUUAUUCAAAUGCAGUAAUCGUGCUGAGAAUCUACAAGAACAUGCGAAAUGUGUCGUUGAUGCUAUUGAUGCAAAAUCUCAGCAAACAACUUCAUCCAAUCUUAUUGCAAGACGACUGAACAAGUUAAACAAAUUGAAAAGUAAAUCAUGGAAAGCUAGUGUUCUUGGAAGUUUCUUGGACACGUACAGCAGUGAGGAUGACAGUGAAAAUGCGGUAACCGAUCAGGAUCAGAGAAGACAAGGAAGAAUCAAACGCAAUGUCAGGAAAAGAACCAAAUACAGUCUGAUUUCUGAGCGAGAUCAACUGUCAUCGCUUGGUAUCGUCGGGAAAUUCUUCUCGCGAGCGGCCAAAUUACUGAAAAACAAAGAUGCUGAUCAGUCGUGGGGAACGCUGACCUCAGAGGUGGAAGGAAUUCAACGAAAUUAUAAAGCAACAAACAUAUUCGAAAGAACUUUGCUGGACAGGUUUGAAAGUAUUGGUAAACUUUCGACGCAACUAAUGAAGAGGAAGAAUGCUAAGAAAAAACGUAAGGAAACUCUCCAAAAGUUGGGCAUACCCGAAGACGCGUUCGAUGUUAGUGCCAGUCACGAGAAGGAUAACCAAGAAAGAGUUCAAGCCGUUCGUUUACUGCGUGAAGCGAUCAAGCUAGCAAUGGUCGUAUCAGGACACAACUAUAGCACCAUCCGAAAUAAAACUCUCCGAGUCGGCUCGCCACGUUUCCUGUCCAUUGUCCCGGAAGAAGCGAACGAUACGUUAUCAUUCUUCUCGCCAUCACUGUUCAGUUUACAUGAUCAAGGAAAGGCAUCCGAAGCGCUACUGAGUAUACCGUCAGUGGUGAGAGCGUUUGACAAAGACUACGAAGAGUGGAUGAAUUUUGUACUCGAAACGUCUGGUGUUUUCGAUAUCAUCAAGCUCAUCAAGGAAAAGGGAUUGGGCAAAAUUCGUCUUCACUUGGAGAAUCUGCCUCGAGGGAUUGAUGAUCAACCGAUGUAUUUCACCAAAGAAAAUUUAACGGAAAUGUUCGGCAAUGAAUCCAGGAGAAAAGCGGAGUUUUUCGAAUCAUUAUCCAAAGAUCUCACUAGGCAACAGUUGAAGGACUUCAAACGAAAAGGUUUUUCUAUUCUAACUAAAGAUCAACUAAACACGGUUUACGGUGAAAGUUCACCAUUUAGCGAUCCAUCCUCGUUGAAGAAAUUCUCGUCGAUGUCCCAUGAAGAAGUUCAUCAACGUCUGCUUUCUGAUCUACGCAAACUGGCUAAGCCAGUAAACACCGAGGGUGUAUUAAGUCGUCGUAAACGACAGGUGAUUCAACCUGUCAGGAUUCUAUCACCAAUCCUAUUCGCGGAAGAGUAUAAUAAGUAUGGUGCAGGUCUCAUCCUCUCACCGGUUCUUUUCACAAGUAUAUUUUUCAGUCCAACAAUACUUGGUCCUUACAUUCUCAGUCCAUACAUGUUUAUUCCAACCGUGUUUUCACCUCGCGUACUCUCACCCGUAAUCGUUUCUCCGAGUGGCUUUGCGCCAUUCGUCCUAUCUUCACUCGUAAUGCGUCCAACAAUUAUGUCGCCUCAAGUCCUCAAUCCUGUAAUCUUGUGCCCGUUAGUACUCACUCCGUUUAUCAUGUCUCCCACGGUCUUAUCACCUCUCAUUUUAACUCCUUUCGCGCUAUGUCCUGUUGUUCUACGACCAACAGCUUUGCGUAUUAUCCUGUUAAGUCCUUAUGUGUUGUCGCCGGCUUGGCGAUCACCAUCAUACCUGGUAAUGGUGUUGUUAUCACCAAGAGCUUUCUCACCUGCGCUCAACUCAACUGGUACUGCAUCUUCAGUCAUCCUGUCGCCAUCGGCGUUCAGCUGA